GUUGACUUGUUGCUUCUGGUUACCAGGAGCCGGGAUGUGGAGCGGAGGCUGCUGGAGGGGACCUUCCAGGCCGAGCCGGCGGACAGCGGCACACAGGCCCGAACUGGCGAGCCAAGACCACGAUACGUUUGUUUCGAGAGCCGUUCCGGCAAUGAAGCUUGAAGUCUCCUGAACGUCCUUCCUGCUGUCAACAGAGGGGGCUUCGUUUCAACGGAUCUACCGGCUAUAUAAACAAGGCGUAUUGUUUUAAGAGCCGCGUCGAUGGUUCGCCCGCAGACGUCUGACCCUCGUAGGAUUUGUUACGAUGCCUAUAACGAUGGAUCAGCCGAAGCGCGUUACUCCGAUUCCUGGCGAUGGAGAGUCGCUCCUGGGGGUUCGUGAACAGAAUGAGAUUUGUGACCUGGAGGGGGAGAAGUUCGGCGACAUCAGGGACUGGAUCGACACGCAGGGCAAGCAAGGAACGGCCUUUUUGGAGCAAGAGGAACCCAGACAUCCUCUCCACGCCGAGCUCAGCACCCGUUUCCCUGAUCAUAUUGUCCCCAAGCCCCCGAACAAACCAAAGUCCCGGCUGCACAAGCUAGAACGGGCAGCGUCCCUCGAUGAAAAGCACUGGCGGAGGAGGUUUAAAGCUAGUCAGGAAAGCUUAACCGACCCAAACGAGACUGGAUCGUCCAAUGGAUCCCUUCCUGAUGCCUCCAUGAUCGUGAAUCCUGCAGGACAUGGUUCGGUUGACCUCAGUCGCGAGUCGUUGCAGAGUAACUCCUUGUUGGCGCCGUCUUACCCUUUCGCCGUAGAACGCGACUCCAGCAGCCCCUUUCCUAAUCCCCCCGAUCCGGAUACGACGUCCAGUCGCAGCAGCGUCACCUCGGCCGGUAAACCUCGACUGCGCGAGAUAACAUCGUCGAAACCUCUGCCCCAGAUGGAACUCAACGUAGCGUCCAGGGCGCUCAGGACGGCUAAUAGGAUAGAUCCGGAUUACGUGGAUUACAAGCGUUCCUCUCAGCACAGACUUCUCAGACAGAGCAGCAGCCUGAGCGACACUCGGCUUCACAGGAACAUGGUCUGCAACCACUGCUCCAACGAGUCCAUGAAGUCCACGUACAGCCUGCUGACUCCUAUCCGUUCCAAGGACGUCCGAGACAGGAGUUACUUGGAAGGGAGCCUUUUGGCCAGCGGUGCCUUGUUGGGAGCUGAGGAAUUAGACCGUUAUUUCCCAGAAAGGAGACUGGGGAUUUUCAUCGCUACCUGGAACAUGCAGGGGAGGAAGGAGCUGCCGGAAAGCCUCGAUGACCUCUUGUUGCCUUCCGAAGAUGACUUUGCCCAAGACAUGUAUGUGAUCGGCGUGCAGGAGGGCAGCCCCGACAGACGAGAGUGGGAGAUUCGACUCCAAGAGACGCUGGGACCCCACUACGUCUUACUCCACUCGUCCGGCCACGGGGUUCUCUACCUCUCGAUCUUUAUCAGACGAGACCUCAUCUGGUUCUGCUCGGAGGUUGAAUUUGCCACGGUGACCACGAGGAUGGUGUCGCAGAUCAAAACCAAGGGAGCUUUGGCCGCAUCUUUCACCUUCUUCGGGACGUCGUUUCUGUUCAUCACCUCGCACUUCACAUCAGGAGACGGGAAAGUUGUUGAGCGGGUCCUCGACUACAAAAAAAUCAUCGAGGGUCUCCAGCUUCCGAGAAACAUUCCCGACACAAACCCUUAUCGCUCCAAUCCCACGGACGUGACGAGCCGGUUCGAUGAAGUUUUCUGGUUCGGGGACUUCAAUUUCCGUCUGAACAAGGACCGGACGGGAGUGAACGCUAUUCUGCAGCACAAGCUGGGGAAAGACAUGUCUCGCCUGCUGCAGUAUGAUCAGCUGCGCAAAGAGAUGAACGAUGGGUCCAUAUUUAAAGGGUUCCGCGAGGGUGAAAUUCAGUUCCUUCCCACCUACAAGUUUGACGUCGGAUGCGAUGCUUACGACACGACUUCCAAACAGAGAACUCCUUCCUAUACGGACAGAGUGGUUUAUAAAAGCCGCCAUAAAGGUGACAUCCGGGUCGCGAAAUACUCGUCCUGCUCCCGGCUCAAGACUUCGGACCACAGGCCUGUCUUUGGCUUAUUUGAAGUGCGGAUAAGGCCCGGCCGAGACAACAUUCCUCUGGCCGCCGGCCAGUUCGACAGAGAGCUCUACCUGCUGGGGAUAAAAAGGAGAAGUUCUCGGGAACAGCAGAAGCGGCAAGUUGUGAAAAACCAGAAGAACAGCGCGGUCUGCGCGAUCUCCUGACUGCGAUAACGAGAUUCCCCCCAACCAGCAGCCCGGAUGAUGGGCCUUGUCCGCACGCCAUUAACCCGUCCGCUCCCAGUUCCAUGCGGUCGUAAUGGAACCUGUUACUGGCCGCGCGCCGGGGUCCCCAA